CUUCAUCCUUCUGAAACGAAAACAAAAGGCUUCGUUCUUUUUCGUCUCUCCUUUUCGCCUCCUUGUUUCUUCUCUGACCCAUUUGAGUUCUAAUUUUUGUUUUUUGAGCUCCCAUAAUUGAAUUCUUCGAAAUUAAAAACCCCCCAAAUUCCUUUUUCCGCUCCUUUUGUGUUUAAAUUUAGCGUCGACGAUGAUUUUAGCUAAUAGAGAAGAUGGGGUUGGGCGUUCGUCGUAAUCGGAGGGGAAGUGGGACGUGGAGACGGAUAGAGGCAAAACAGAGGGUUCUUUUGGGCCUGGAAAUGGACUGCCGGAUAUGCGUUGCGGGUGGGGAUUUAUGGGUCAAAGUAGGCGGCCGUGGUGGAGUCGGAAUUAAGGGUGUGGGUCAAAUGGGAGGUUUUAGCCAUGAAAGCGAGCAUGAUUUAGCCCUCAUGGUUAGUGAUUUCUUGGAAAAUGGGAGCGGCGGAGCUGACUCUUGGUGUAGCAGCGAUAGCGAUUCUGGUGUCUCUGAUCUUACUCAUCUUGCUGACAAGAUUCUGUUCUAUAAAAAUCCAGUAUCCCAAUACGAAAGUGAUUUGCUUUCAGUGGUUCAUUCGCUUACCUUGUCAAUGAAUGAGAAGGAUUUGAACAUGAACAAGUCCGGUUCGUGCAAUGCUAGUUGCAUCCGGUUUGUUUUGGUUAAGCUACUGAGACUCUAUGGCUAUGAUGCUGCUGUAUGCACCACCAGAUGGCAGGGUGCUGGCAAGGUCCCUGGAGGUGAUCAUGAGUAUAUCGAUGUCGUUAACUACACCUCUGGUAGCUCAGAGAGGUUGAUUGUCGAUAUUGACUUUCGAAGCCACUUUGAGAUAGCGAGGGCAGUUGAAUCAUAUGAUCGGAUAUUGAAUUCGCUUCCGGUAAUCUAUGUUGGAUCUUUAUCUCGGCUUAAGCAGUUCCUUCAAAUCAUGGUUGAAGCUGGGAAGUCGUCGCUGAAGCUAAACUCCAUGCCGCUUCCUCCAUGGAGAUCGCUUGCAUACUUGCAAGCGAAAUGGCAGUCACCAUGCCAGAGAAUGGUUAAUCCAGAAGAAGAGCAGCAGUUGGGGAGCAGAGACAUGUUGAGCCACGAGCAGUGCAGUGGACACUUGAAGAGACUUCAGUCAGUACUCCAAUCAGAGAUGGAAUUGGAUCGGUUCGUAAGGCCGGUGAAGGGCGAUAUGAUCGUUAGGAAAAUGAAGUCGGAGAGGCGACGACACUCGUUGUUGAGAGCCGUUUGACGAGAGUGUAGAGACGAGGAAUUUUGAUGAGAGUCGGAAUCUUGAAUUGUUUUUGGUUGUUGUUGGGGGUAUGGUAUAAGUAUGAAAUAAAAAGUGAGAUGGUUGAGUUUGUAGAA